AGAACAUAAAAGCCCCUUCUUCUAAAUUGGCCCUCCUAAAACCCUUCGACCUGAAACUAAUUUACAGUGGUUGCAGAGAUUCUCCGUUUAUGGAGCAAAUGAGUGGAAGGGGAGAAGAAGGGUUGACUUUGAUUGUGAGGAAACCGUGUUUCAAUUUGCCCACUGGAUGCCCAGAUUGCUUGCCGGUUUACAUCUAUCUAAAAUUGGCCAAUCUCCAUUUCCACUUGGAUUUCAAUCUCAUCUACCCCGAGUCUGAUAUAAUUCCUUAUGUUGAAACUGGUAACUAUGUGGCGUACAAUAACGAGAGGGGUGGGGUCAUUGAGUGUUUAAGACAGGAUGGUAUUCUUGAUCUCGACACCGAGUUUCUCUCGGUUCCGGAAUGGGUAUCUGCAAAAUCUAUGGUUAGUUCGUGGCUUGCAGAUGCAGUCAUGUACGAGCUUUGGUUGGGAACUGAUGGUGGUUCUGCUCAAAAGGUCUAUUAUUCUGAUCUUCCCUGGCCGAUUGGAAAGGUUCUGUAUUUUAAGAAAGUACACUUUGUGAAGCUUCAACUUGGGAUCAACAAAGAAAAUGCUGAACGAAGAGAAGAACAGAUUUAUAGAAAUGCAAAUCUUGCUUAUGGAGCUUUGUCAACUAGAUUAGGAGACCAGAAUUUUUUAUUUGAGAACAGGCCUUCAAGUUUAGAUGCACUUGUUCUAGGGCAUCUACUAUUCACUCUUCAAGUACUACCGGAAACGUCAGUGCUUCGCAGUAAGCUUUUAGAGCAUAGUAACCUCGUACGAUAUGCUGAAAAAUAUAUGACAGAGUUGAUAGAAGUUGGUACUUCAUCGUUACCAUCAUCUUCUUCUGCGCGUUCCAGUUCAGGGGCUUCGUCAUCAGCACCAAGAAGGGGUCCUUAUAACUGGAGCUCAAAGCCGAAGAGCAAGCAAAAGAAAGAAAAGACGAAAGAGGAGAAAACAUUCAAAAGGAGAGGCAAGUAUUUUGUAGGCGCACAGGUGGUGGCAGUUCUACUGUUUCUAACCCUCAUGGGCAGGGGUGAUGAUGCUGAAGUGGAGCUGGAUGACGAUGAAGGGUAUGAUUAUAGUGAAUGAAGAGUUCUUCAAUUUCUACAUUUUUGGAAGUGAUGACAAAGCCAUUAGCUUUUACUUUCACCAAACAUUUUUUAAAUGGAAGAGAAGUUUGCCUUUCUUUGAAAUUUUGAAGAGCUCUUCUGAUAGUUUGCUGGAUUCUUCUAAAGAACUGUUUUCAUUA